GUUUCCCUUUGGCAAGCCACCUCACCCUUUUCUGGAAGUCUCCAGGCAAAGCCAGAGUGUUCAAAGAACCGGUCCUUCUUGCCUUUCUCUUCUGCUCACUCUCUGCCUUUUUCUGAGAUCUGGAGCUAAAUCUACAGAGGUAGAGCUGCUCCAAGUGGAAACGGACUUCGUAAAGAGCAGCAAGAUUCACGGCUUGGUGGUGGUCUUCAGCAAGUACUGCAACUCCAGCGACAUCAUGGACCUGUUCUGCAUCGCCACCGGCCUGCCUCGGAACACCACCAUCUCCCUGCUGACCUCGGACGACACCAUGGUCUCCAUCGAUCCCACCAUGCCUGCAAAUUCGGAGCGCACCCCUUACAAAGUGAGGCCCGUGGUCAUCAAGCAACUCUCUGAGAGAGAAGAAUUAAUCCAGAACAUGCUGACCCAGGUCGCCGAGCAGUUCUCCAGAGCAUUUAAAAUCAAUGAACUGAAAGCUGAAGUCGCGAAUCACUUGGCCGUGCUAGAGAAAAGAGUCGAAUUGGAAGGCCUGAAGGUGGUAGAGAUUGAGAAAUGCAAGAGUGACAUUAAAAAGAUAAGGGAGGAGCUGGUGGCCAGAAGCAGCAGGACCAACUGUCCCUGUAAGUAUAGUUUUCUGGACAGCAACAAGAAGCUGACUCCCCGACGUGAUGUCCCAGCCUAUCCCAAGUACCUGCUCUCCUCGGAGACCAUUGAAGCCCUGCGGAAGCCCACCUUCGACGUCUGGCUCUGGGAACCCAACGAGAUGCUGAGCUGCCUGGAGCACAUGUACCACGACCUGGGGCUAGUCCGGGACUUCCGUAUCAACCCCGUCACCCUGAAGAGGUGGCUGCUCUGCGUGCACGACAACUACAGAAACAACCCUUUCCACAACUUCCGGCACUGCUUCUGCGUGGCCCAGAUGAUGUACAGCAUGGUGUGGCUCUGUGGCCUCCAGGAGAAGUUCUCCCCCAUGGAUAUCUUGGUCCUGAUGACAGCGGCCGUCUGCCACGAUUUAGACCAUCCAGGAUACAACAACACGUACCAGAUCAACGCCCGCACGGAGCUGGCUGUCCGCUACAACGACAUCUCGCCCCUGGAGAACCACCACUGUGCCGUGGCCUUCCAGAUCCUCGCCCAGCCCGAGUGCAACAUUUUCGCCAACGUCCCGCUGGAUGGGUUCAAGCAGAUCAGACAGGGGAUAAUCACAUUAAUCCUGGCCACGGACAUGGCGAGGCAUGCCGAGAUUAUGGAUUCUUUCAAGGAAAAAAUGGAGAAUUUCGACUACAGCAACGAGGAGCACAUGACCCUUCUGAAGAUGAUCUUGAUAAAAUGCUGUGACAUCUCUAAUGAGGUCCGCCCGAUGGAAGUGGCCGAGCCCUGGGUGGAUUGUUUAUUGGAAGAAUACUUCAUGCAGAGCGACCGUGAGAAGUCGGAGGGCCUUCCCGUGGCCCCUUUCAUGGACCGAGACAAAGUGACCAAGGCCACCGCCCAGAUCGGCUUCAUCAAGUUUGUCCUGAUCCCAAUGUUUGAAACGGUGACCAAGCUCUUCCCCGUGGUUGAGGAGUUCAUGCUCCAGCCUCUUUGGGAAUCCAGGGAUCACUAUGAGGAGCUGAAACAAAUGGAUGACGCCAUGAAGGAGUUACAAAGGAAGACUGAGAGUUUGACAUCUGGGAACCCUGAAAAAUCAAGAGAAAAAAGCAGAGACAUGAAAAAAUCUGAAGCAGACUGUACCUGAAGAAAGCUACAGGGUUGCGAGAUGUCGUUCUGGACUGGGCCGGCCACGCCUCGUGGGAUUCCUGCGUGCAGAGAAAAGUUCAUUCCGAACACCUGAACCCACAAGACUGCAUUUUCUAAGAACCAUUUUAUUCACUGAAACAACAACAAAAAAGGAAUUCUUAACGAUGUACAGAAUUUUUAUUUUUAAACUGUCUUUUAAAUAAUAUAUUCUUAUACGGAAAUGGG